AAAGCCUUUCCUCAGUGUGUCUCCAUCAUGGCUGAUUAAAGGAGCCUCAGUAAAUCUGAGCUGUAAAGCUGAACCUUCAUCUCCAGAAUGGAGGUUCUUCUGGUAUAAAGCUGUUCCUGAUCUAAGAAACAAGAACUACAGUUAUGAGCUGCUGCCUGGUAGCAUCAAUGGGACUGAAGAAAACUCCUUCAUUACUGGACAGAAAUACACAGCAGGAUUUGCAUGUAGAGCUGAAAAAGGAAACUCAAAGUCAUCAACUGAUUAUAGUGAACCAAAGUUUGUCUGGUCUGCAGAUUCAGCAGCCUCUCUGACAGUGAGUCCUGAAGGAGAGAAACAUUUCACUGAUCAUAACGUCUCAUUAAAAUGUGAUGGAAACUCUACUGAUGGGAGAAUAAGAUAUUAUAGAGAAAUAAACACUCAGUCAUAUCUGUAUGACUGCUCCACCUGGUGGACAAUGAAUGAAUCCUCAUGUAUUUUCGACAGUCAGUCGACCUAUAAAGCAGUGUUCUGGUGUGAGUCUGGGUCAGAGUUCAGCAAUGCAGUCAACAUCACGAUAUACAAGUCAAAACCAGUCCUCACUGUGUCUCCAUCAUGGCUGAAACCUGAAGCCUCAGUGGCUCUGAGAUGUAACUAUGACAACCAGUCUGAAAGUUGGAGGAUCUACUGGUAUAAAGCUGUUCCUGAUAAGUCUGAGAAUGGCUACAGAUAUGAGCUACUGCCUGGUAGCAUCAGUGAAACUGCAAAUAACUCCUUUAUGAUUCACGGUCAGACACAAACAGCAGGAUUUACAUGUAGAGCUGGAAGAGGAAACCCAGAGUAUUUUACUGAUUACAGUGAACCAAAGUUUGUCUGGUCUGCAGUCUCCCAUCCAGCAGCGUCUCUCUCAGUGAGUCCUGACAGAGAGCAACACUUCACCUAUGAGCCUGUGACACUGAACUGUGGAGGAAACUCUACUGAGUGGAGAGUGAAGAGGUUUUCAGAAUCAGGUGACCUGACCGUCGUACCAAACUGCUCUGACUGGAUGAAAAUGUCUGGAUCCUCAUGUGUCGUUAGCAGACAGUCUUCCUCUAAAGCAGUGUUCUGGUGUGAGUCUGGAUCAGGAGAGUUCAGCAACGCAGUAAACAUCACUUUAAACAAUGAAGGUCUUCUCCUGGUGAGCCCCGUCCAUCCUGUGACUGAAGGAGCUUCUGUUACUCUGAGCUGCAGACUGAGAGGAGAAAACAAACUUUCUGAUGUGAUUUUCUAUCAUAAUGACAAACUGAUCCAAAAUGACAGCAGAGGAGAGCUGAAGAUCUCUGCAGUGUCUCAGUCAGAUGAAGGUUUCUACAAGUGUGAACAUUCAGGAGAAGCUUCACCUCAGAGCUGGAUGGCAGUUAAAGGUGUUUCCAAACCUGGGAGCUCUUCAUUUCCGCUGCUGUUGGUUCUUGGAGUAGUUUGUGGAUCCGUAUUUAUUAUUCUGCUGCUGCUGCUGCUGUGUUGCUUUAAACAUUCCAAAGGUUCUUCCCACAGGGUGAUCCAAUCAGAGAUCGCUGAUCAGGGAUCUGCUAUAGAUCAACCAUACUCAAUCAGACCUCGACCAAUGAAUACAGCUUGUCUUCUCAUGGUGAAGAGGAAGCCGGUGACGUCACAUACGCUGAUAUUAAGUUCAAAAACACCAAACAGAAAACAAAGUCCUCCAAAAGAGGCAGAGUCCAACACAGUGCGCUGGAUAUGAAAGGGAGGCAUCAUGAGCCAGAAGAGGGCGCUGUUUACUCCGAUGUGAGGACAGCAGCUGCAGAAGCAUUGAGUGCUGCAGCAGCUGACACAGCACUUUAUUCUGAAGUCAGGAAAGGAUCUAAGAAGAGAGAAAGCUAGUUGGGUUAACUUUAAACUGCAUAUAAUUUAAUCGUGCAUUUUUCUUCUUUUACAUAAAAGCUCACAUAACCAUUACCUGAUAGAUCUUAUUUCACAAGUCUUGUG